GGAUCAGUAUACGAACUCAAGCCAAUGCUAGAUGCUUCACGUCUUAGUUCCUUUCCUGUCUUAUUCAUUUAAAUUUUGUCUUAACUAUACUUGGACAGAAGUAAACACUGAUAUGACCAUUUUUUUCCCAGAACAACUUGUCUAGUCCACUAGCUAGGGAGGCUCAAACUUCAGAACUAGACCGUGGUAAUAACCGUAGUAAUAAGGGAUAUAGCUUUCCAGUUACAUAAUGGUCAUACCACAAUAAAUCGAGGCCAGUGGUGUCAAUAUGAUACCAAGUAGUCAUAGGAAGUUUUGAUAACAGGUUCUGCAGAAGAUUAGGAUGACAACGAAAAUUGUAUGAUUUUUUGUUUAAAUCUUGGUCAUAGCUAAGAAUUUUACUAAAUCUUAACAAGGAAAAGCUAAAGACAUCCAAGAUAAACUCAUCAUAUCAGUGACGAUCUCGCCAAUGUUCUCAUAACAAAGAUGACCUUGUCUGCUUUUAGGAUUUGUUGCUCUUGUGUAGACACUGUUCACAUGGUUACAUAUGAACCAUGGAAACAAAUUAAGGGCAGCUGCACCUUUCCUCUGUCGCUGUUGUGUAAAUUCAGUUCAUCAUAUUCCGUUUCUGUAUUGCUGAAGUCUUUAGAUGUAGCAGAACAAACGUGAUUAUUAAUUACAGGAAAUUUACAAGCGGAUCCAAAAAUUGAGUUCAUAUCAUAGACUUCAUGUUCUUGCCGAUAAUAUCAUUUUUGGUUGUUAAAUGUUCAGUGUUCUUUUUCCUUGUACAAUGUAGUCUAACAACUCAAACUUAAAAUCCAAACCCAAAUUCUCACCUCUUGUUUCCGUCUGGUCUUGCCUUUGUUGGUAUAUAUGACAGUUAUUCUGAAACAUUGACAGCUUUUACUCUAGGAACUUGAACCUAGAAUAUCAUAAGAUCACAGCAUCUUUAUUUUUAUCUGCAUACCUUACUUUUAGUCCUUGCUUUGUCUGCUAUAAUGUUUGUUAUGCUCAGACCUGUCAGGACAGAGAAUAUCAUAACAUCCCAAGAUCUUUGUUUUUAUCCGCAUACCUACUUUUAUUCCUUGUUUUGUCUGCUAUACUGUUUGUUAUGCUCAUGCUUGUCAGGACAGAUAGCUCAGUCUCCCGGAAAUUAGUUGGAGGAAAAUUUAUCUUUUUAUUUUUUGGUUUAGUCAACCUUGUAAACCAAAAUGAAUAAGAAAGUGUGUCUCGGUUUGAGUUUGUCGCAGGCCGUAGCACAGCAAGUACAAAUGCUAUAUCAGACCUGAAACUAGGAAAAUUCUACAAGGCCACAGAAUUUUCGAUCAGGAUACCAAUUAUACAUUAAAAAUUAUUUUAUCUUGCUACGAAAAUGACCUGCCUGUUUGGUUGGCUACCUAAAUUUCAAUUGAUGCCACUCUUAUCGCUCUAAUUGAAGCUUCUCGUUGAAAAUUCUCAUUCCCCUUUGGUCAAAUACUCGCUACCAAUUCUAUUAUAAUAGUUGAGUGAGAUAACUUCCAUCUAUUUUUGUUUUUCCCCUUAACUCAAUACUUGAUGAACAGUCUUUCCUUUCAAUCCUCUCUUCGUGAAAAUGCGACCACAUCUCCUUCUGGCCAUGUCUUGGUUUAUCCUGUUCAUAACCAUAAUCUUUGUCUGUGGUUUCACACUUGUGUUUUCUGCAGAUGAUGAGCGGUAUCUAAUCUGCAGAAACUUGUUUGAUUGCGGAAAUAUUAAGGGUAUUGGUUAUCCUUUCUCGGGAUCCAAUAGGCCUGAUUACUGUGGCUAUCCAGGGUUCGAGAUCAAUUGCAGCAACCAAGUUCCGGAGAUCACAAUCACUCAAUCGACAUACAAAGUCCUUGUUAUCAAUAAUCAGUCACGGACUCUUAACGUUGCUAGAACAGAUUACAGAGAAAAUCUCUGUCCUACUCUCCUACUCAACACAACUUUGAAUCCCAAUCUUUUGAAUUACACAACGGAUGAUCAUAACAUAACAAUCUACUAUGGUUGCCCCGCUCAAGGUCCACCAACUUCCUAUCUCUUAACUCAGUUUCCAUGCAGCAUAAACAGCAUUGAGAUGACGGGCUACUUUACAGCAACAGACGACUUCUCUUUCCUUGGUAACCUUGCUUCUAACUUAAUCCGUUACCUGGAAUCCUGCGACAACAGUGUUAAAGUUCAAGUACGUCAAUCAGCUCUUGAGCCAAUUAUAGAAAAUGCAACUGUAGCAAAGUUGCUUGGAGCUCUUAAUCAAGGUUUUGGGCUGGAGUGGAAUGCAAAUGAUACCUUAUGUGAUGCAUGCAAUUCUUCUGGUGGUCAGUGUGGGUACGACCAGAGAACUAAAGCAUUCGCUUGCAAUUGUGCCGAUCAACCUCGAGAUUUUAAUUGCCUACCAUCACCACCUAGACAGUCAACAAAGGAGACCUCUAACCAAGAUUCACUUAAAAUAGGACUUGGCAUAGCAGGUACUGUUGUCGGUGUCUUUUUGGGAUGCUGGAUCAUGACCAUUAUACAACGGAAGAGAAGAAAAGCUGCCCUACUGAAAAGCAAAGACCUUCCUAUAGCAGCUACUCCUUUAAGCAAAGGCCUUGCUACUUCAACUAAUCUCUCUCAAACCACCCCUUCUCUUACCCCCUCAAAGUCUGACAUUGAUAAGGGCAGUACCUACUUUGGAGUGCGGGUGUUCAGCUACAAUGAACUUGAGGAAGCCACUAAUUGUUUUGAUUCUUCAAAAGAACUUGGAGAUGGAGGGUUUGGCACUGUUUACUAUGGAGUACUCAGGGAUGGGCGUGUGGUUGCUGUCAAGCGCCUAUAUGAGAGCAGCAUGAGACGUGCUGAGCAGUUUAUGAAUGAAAUUGAGAUCCUAGCUCAUUUGCGCCACAAGAACCUGGUGGAACUCUAUGGAUGCACCUCAAGGCAUAGCCGAGAGCUUCUACUUGUUUAUGAAUACAUGCCUAAUGGAACUGUCGCUGAUCAUCUUCAUGGAAGACAGUCGAACUCUGGUUUGCUCACUUGGCCUGUUCGGUUGAGCAUUGCUAUAGAGACAGCCAGUGCACUUGCAUACCUCCACGCUUCAGAUGUCAUACAUCGUGAUGUCAAAACCAAUAACAUUCUCCUAGACAACGACUUCCAUGUGAAAGUGGCUGAUUUUGGUUUGUCGAGAUUGUUCCCAACUGAUGUUACUCAUGUAUCGACUGCUCCACAAGGAACACCUGGAUAUGUUGAUCCGGAGUAUUAUCAAUGCUACCAACUGACAGACAAGAGCGACGUUUACAGCUUUGGAGUGGUCUUGAUUGAGCUGAUAUCAGCUUUAGAAGCAGUGGACACCAAGAGGCAUCGGCAUGAUAUUAAUUUGUCCAUCAUGGCAGUGAACAAAAUCCAAAACCAUGCUUUAAAUGAGUUGGUUGAUCCAUUUCUUGGAUUUGACAAGGAUUUCGUGGUGAGGAAGAUGGUAACAUCAGUUGCAGAAUUAGCUUUCCGGUGUUUGCAACAACAGAGGGAAAUGAGGCCUGCUAUGGAGGAAGUGUUAGAGAUCCUUAGGAGAAUUGAGAAAGAAAAUUACGGAGCAGAAAAGGCAGAUGUAUUGGAUAUUCGUGAGGAUGAUGUUGGUCUAUUGAAGCAUCCUCCGCCUCCACUUCAACUUUCACCAGAUUCUACGAGUGAUCAAUUUUGAGCAAGCAGUUCUUCAACUACAACACCGCAUUCCUACUAGUUGUAGAGAUAUCCUUAUCCUUUGUGCUUAAAAUAUGAGUAGAAAUUUCAAGUGUUGUACAAUCAGUGAGAUUGAUUUUUACUAUCUUCUCUUGGUUGUUAUUGUUAUAUGAUGGAAUAAAUGCAUGAUUGAUAUGCUUGUGGACUGACAUAGAACUAUAUAUUAUGCGGGAAUUCGUGAUUUUCUAUCAGAGGUUAACAGAACUACAUUUGUACCAA